CAGUUAAAAUGUGAUUUGUUUUCAAAUAUUUUUCCACAAUAUUUGAUUGAACAAAUCUUUUUAAUUUUAUUUUCAACGUUAUUACUAACUUGGGGUUCUCUUUUCAUUGGUUCAUUGCUAUAUAAACAUCAAUAAUCCCAGUAUUUUAUCUGGGUGAUGUUUGUAUUGUUGUUUUAAGUUACUAAUAAAUUGUUUGUAUUUGUUGUAUUGAACCAGAUAAGAUAAACUAAGGUUGAUUGAAAAUGUCGGGUCGUGGAAAGGGAGGAAAAGGGUUAGGAAAAGGAGGAGCAAAACGACACCGUAAAGUCCUUAGAGAUAACAUUCAAGGUAUCACUAAGCCUGCUAUUAGGCGUUUAGCACGUAGAGGUGGUGUGAAGCGUAUAAGUGGACUAAUCUAUGAGGAGACACGUGGCGUGCUGAAGAUAUUCUUAGAGAAUGUGAUACGUGAUGCUGUUACUUACACUGAGCAUGCUAGGAGGAAGACUGUUACUGCUAUGGAUGUUGUUUAUGCUCUUAAGAGGCAAGGAAGGACAUUGUAUGGGUUUGGUGGUUGAGGGUAGAUUUGGUGCAGACUUUUGUUUUCGUCUGCAAAAGUCUUGCUGUCAAGAAAAGAACAAUUAUAUUAAAGGGUUAGUAAGGGAUAUGGAUUUUUGUUUUUGCCUUUUGGGUUUGUGUUGGUGUAAUUAGUAUGGUUCCUGUAGGGGAUAUGGCUGUGUAACUGUGUUAUAGUGGUAGUACUGGUUCUUCUGUAAGGUGGUAAAUCUUGUUUCAGAACUACUGAAAUUUGCCACAAUUCAAUGAAUACUACUGACUGGUUCA